GUUGGAUCAACGACUCUCUUCUUCUGCUUCACGUGCCCUUGGUUGUCAGAGUAUUUUUCCUCAGUAAUUCCCAUCUACAAUGCCGUCAUCUUCCUUUUCACCCUCGCCAACUUCUGUAUGGCUACAUUCAUGGACCCUGGAGUCUUCCCCAGAGCGGAGGAGGAUGAGGAUAAAGAGGAUGAUUUUCGUGCUCCGCUCCAUAAGACAGUGGAGAUCAAAGGCAUCCAGGUGCGCAUGAAGUGGUGCUCAACCUGCCGCUUCUACCGCCCGCCACGCUGCUCACACUGUUCAGUCUGCGACAACUGUGUGGAGGAUUUUGACCACCACUGUCCUUGGGUGAACAACUGCAUUGGUCGGAGGAAUUAUCGCUAUUUCUUCCUCUUCCUGCUGUCACUGACCACCCACAUCAUGGACGUAUUUGGCUUUGGCUUGGUUUAUGUUCUGCACCACCGCCAGCAGCUAGACACGCCACAUGCUGCUGUUACUAUGGCUGUGAUGUGUGUGGCUGGUCUGUUUUUCAUCCCAGUUGCUGGCUUGACUGGGUUCCACAUAGUACUGGUGGCCCGUGGCAGGACCACUAAUGAACAGGUGACAGGAAAGUUUCGGGGUGGCGUUAACCCUUUCACCAAUGGCUGCUUGAGGAAUAUUACACAUGUACUCUGCAGCUCCCAGGCCCCUAGAUAUAUGGGCCGGUGGCGGAGACCACUGUCCGUGGAAGUACAGCCACCAUUUCUUAGACCGCCUCUCACUGAGGCCCAGCUAGAAGCUAAGGUCCUGGACAAUGGCAUCCAGAAUGACCAACACAGCACCAGGUCCAAGAGCAGUCUAGACCAGAUGGAGAGCCAGUCAGCUGAUGCAGAGCCUCCACCCCCUCCAAAGCCAGAGCUUCAUUACCCCAGCCUGCCCCGUGCUGACACAGAGGAGAGCAGCUUGUUGACUGAAGCUCCACCUACGCCAUCAAUGUACAAGUACCGACCAGCCUUCAACAGCCCAGGAAGGAACCACCCUGCCUUCACAACCCCCAACAAGAUAAUCCGUGGGGAGUCUCUUGACUCUCCAUCUCCCUCCAUCCGCCAGUCCAGCCGCCAGUCCAGCUACCGCUCGGAGCCGAGCAGCCUGGACGGGGCCACAGUGGUGGGGGGAGGUGUAGGGGGGCGCAGAGGGGGAGUAGAGAGGGGUGAGGGCCUUGGAGGCCCUGGUGGGCCUGCUGGGGGGGUGUCAAGGGGCAUGUCAGGUUACUCCCUGACUGGGCGCUCCUACACCUCCUACCCAUCCCCUCGCGGCUCACACUCCUCCAGCAUGCGCUCAGCACACACAGCACAUAAUCCGCUGGCCACGCUUCAUUCAGAAGGCACCACAGACACUAGCUAUAAAAGCCUGGCCAAUCAGACACCUCGGAAUGGCAGCCUGUCCUAUGACAGCCUUCUGACACCAUCCGAGAGCCCAGAGUUCGAGUCAGCUGCCCACGAGCUAUCGCCGCAGAAGUCUCAUGCUCCUUUCCCCUCGGCAACUAUAACAGGCCAGCCUGAGGUGGUGUCACCCAGUACCCCGCUGCAGGGCUAUACGUCGCCCUUCCUCUCAGCUCAGAUCGCCCAGCAGAGGGAGGGGCAGCUGCUCCAGGGCUCUGCCACUUUCUCCUCCCCCCACAGGGCCUACCUGCAUGCUGUCAGCCCACCCCCUCCCUCCUCCUGUGGGCCGCUUGAGACACACCUGCUCCAGCAUAACCAGGACUCCUCUUCCAGAGCCCCCCGUAACCCUUUCACGUCACACUCUUCCCCUGGGGCUCGCUCACUAGAACCCCCUGUCUCUCCGCCACCUCGUGGCCUCUCCCUGGGCAAAUCCCAUUUGUACACUGGGGAGGCAGGACCUCAGCACAAGCCUCGGCCCACAGGAGGAGGCAGUGUGCUGGGAGGGGGAGGAGCCGGAGGAGGGCAACAGGCUCCACAAUCCACCUCUCGCCCAGUCUUGGCCAAUCACACCACAUCUAAACCAGGGGGCGGGGUGAAAAAGGUGACAGGCGUCGGAGGGACCACUUACGAGAUAUCGGUUUGAGUGACAGACAUCCUUCAUUGGUCUAUCACCAGGAGGGGAGAAAGGUUAUUGGACUACUUCCAGUUGUCUCUCACCUGAGCUGGAUAUUAUUCAUGAUGCUGCAUCAGACUAAAGGCCUGUCUGGUACUCACUUUCUCUUUAUAACACCACUGGCCAUUCUUCUCUGACAGCCUUACAGAUGUGAACGAAGAGGAGCUCGGGACACUGGUUUGUUUUUCACAGGAUGAAUUUGUCUCCAUUUAGCCACUUUUUGAGCCAUAGACUGAAUCAUCAUGGCUGGGUACAGAUGCCUACAUAGCUAUUAAACGAGUUUCUGUUUUACUUUGAUACAUUUGCACAGUACAGAGUAUUGACAACUGUGUCCGACGCCUAAGGAAAGAAUGGCCUUUAUCCAGUGGAUGAAAGAGAGGGAAGAUUUAGGAGCAUUGACCAAUAGAAAUGUCUUCUUUUCCACUUUCUGAAUGGACCACACAGCUCGUCAUGGAGAAAAGAGUCCAAUCUAUAAACACAGUAUCAUUUUAGUUUUAUAAGUAUUUUUUAAAUAUUGUUUUAUAUAAAUAUGUAAAAUCUUACAGAUUAUUAUUGGGUCAAAUUGUCAGGUAUUGCAGAUGACUAUUGAUGGCUGAUGAACUAUGUGUAAUUAUUCAUGAAAGUGAUUUCCAAACGGUUGCCUGUUUAUAUUUGAUGGCUGCAUCAGCCACUGGUGAGCUCUUGCUGGAGUUUUCAUCAUCCAAAGAUUAUGAUGAUCCUGUGGUGGACAACUGAAGCGGUAAACAAUUUAGCUUAAGUUUUGAACGCCACAAAGAAAUUCUGAAUCACAAUCGCAGCACAAGCAUCUUUAUGGAAUGUACGCUUGUAAUGUGUAUGCUAGAGACAUUAUGCAAAAUCUGUUUGUAGCUUUAAGACCAUCGUUUGACUUUUUGGUGAUUUUCUUCUUCCUUUCUGAAAUGUUUUGUCUGUCACAAUGCUAGCAGAACCUUAUACCUUUAACGGAUGGCCAGCCAAAUAGGGGCAGCAAGGGAAGGGCUUAUUUAUUUCAGCAGACAUGACAGCCGUGUAGCUCCGGACACAGUUUCAAACCAGUCUUUUGUUGUUGUUUUUUUUGUUUUGAGAAAAGAAGAGGAAGUAUGAAUAUUUUUUUAUGGAAAAAGUUUAUAAAUGAAAUUGUAAAUGCAAUACGACACUGAAUAGAGUAGGUAGGGACUGGUUUGUAAUUGGAAACUUUUUUUGUUUUUUGCUUUGAGACCAUUCAUAGUAAAGCAGACCUUUUUUUUUUUAUACCUAUUUUAACUUU